CGUAUCAUCUCACGUCCAGAAAUGCCUCAAAUUUCACCAUAUAGUUCUGCAGUCUAAAGGAUGCCAAGACCCUGAGAGUAUCAUCCCCAAGUUGGAAGCUGAAUCUCUUCGACGUAGACAGCUUCAUGAUGAAAGCUGGAAACGUCGCAUGCAAGUGGCUAAAGAUUACAAGCCUUUACACCCAGAGAUAUUCACAUUGCAGCCAUCAUUCUUGGAUGCCAAGUUUCAUGAAAUAGUCCAACUUGCUCAAGACCCAGAACAAACCUCAGAGGACAUCAUCAAAUAUAUGAAAAAUCACCAGAAUCGUAUAUUUUCCUUUCCUGUUUUCACUACAGAAUUUUGUAAACUUUUUCUUGAAGAGAUUGUGAAUUUUGAGGAGUCUCCACUUCCAAAAGGCCGGCCUAAUACCAUGAAUCAGUAUGGGAUUAGCUUAGAGGAACUUGGUUUUGAUAGAUUUAUAUCAAGCCUUCGCUCAACAUACCUCACCCCCCUCACCACACUUCUCUUCCCAGACUGGGGUGGUGAUAGUCUGGACUCCCACAAGUCCUUCAUUGUCACAUACAAAGAAGGCAAAGAUGUGGACCUAACUUACCACUUUGACAAUGCAGAGAUAACUCUGAAUGUCUCACUUAACGAAGACUACAGUGAUGGAGAGCUUUACUUUGGGCCUAUGAGAACUGAUGCUUCUUCUACAGUACGUUCAGGCUAUUCACACCUGCUAGGUAGAGGACUACUUCAUCGUGGUCAACAGCGUCAUGGUGCACUGCCAAUAUCAGAGGGUGUAAGAUAUAAUCUCAUAAUAUGGAUGCGAUCAUCUCAAAUCAGAAAUGAAUUGUGCCCAAUGUGUGAUGAGAAGCCAACUUUGGUGCCCGUCAAGAAUGGGUAUGGUGAUGGAUUUAGUAUGAAUACAGUGGAUGUCUGCUCUACUGUUUAAAGCUAAUGGUCUUCCCUAAUAUAUGAAUACUGCAUGUGUUGCAGCUCCAGCUCACUUUGUUGGGAAUCAAAUAAGAUGGAUAGGUAAACUAACAUAAGUUUUUGUUAAUGUCAGGCUAUAAAGGUAAUGAAGUGCAAUACUUUUACUUUGUGAUUUUAAUUGGAUGGAGGUGCACUGAAAAUUAAUGUGUCUUCCAUAGUUAUGAAAGUUUUGGAAUCACUUUUUUUCAUGGGUUAAUGUUUGGUGACUUGCAAGUGUUGAAUAUGUUACAGUAUUCACUUUGACUGAAUAUGCAAUACAAUGUGUAUGUCAAUUCUUACACCUCUUGAUGUAUGGUACAUUAUAUACAGUAUAGUAUAUUUCAGUUGUACAGGUUAUUGGUAAAUACCGUAUCUUUAUUUACUUUUGUAUUGCAUAAUCAGACAGUUCCAAAUUCAGGUACUGUAUUAUAUACCAUAUAUUGAGUUAACAAUUAUUAUACAGUAAAUUUUCAACUCAAUGAACUGGAAUGGCAUCUCUUAACAGUGAUUACUGUACUCUUUAUACGGCUUCUUCAUCUUUAAACUUUUUCUGUUUACUUAGGGUCACAGAAAUGUGUUCUUCUUUGCCACUAUAAUACUUUUUUCAGUCCUUAUGUUAAACUCACUUCCUCUUACAUACAUGCAUACAGUAAACCCUUGGUAAUUCGGCAUUUGAUAACUCAGAAUUUCAUAUAACUGCCAUGGAUAUGGUAUUGGAAUGUAUUAGUAUAACUUGGGGAAUGCCAAGAGAUAUAAAAUUAUCUGGGAAAAUCUCAGCAUAUCUGGCUCUAUGCAUCUGUGUCACCUAGUAUAGUGCUUUAUUUUUCACCUUCAGUGCUGGUAAGUGUUACCUUUUUACAUUUAGUAAUUACAUGUACACAUAUAUGGGUCGAUAAUUUUUUAUUGUUGUAAUUUUGUUGGAGGGUGAAAGUGCCUCGAUAAGUCGGAAUUUGGGAUAACUCAGCAAGGUCAGAGCCCCAUAUGUGCCAAGUUAUCGAGGUUUUACUGUACUGUACAUCAUCCUUCAAUCACCAUAUUACUGUUCCUCACACUGCUUUUAUAUUUAUCUAUUCUUUCCAAAUUUCACAGCUUCAUAACAUAACUUUUUUUUCUUUUUGUUGCCAAGUGGUUUUUCAGGAUACAUAUAACAUGCUGCUGGCUUUGUGAAGAAACACAGAUGAGCCAAUUAAUAUCUUGUGGAAGAGAAGCACCAUGGAUAGAUAGAUAGAGAAUCAAUAAAAGUGAAUGAAGA